UAGAGUAGUCCGUAAUAGUACAACAGUAGUUCGCGCGUGCUCAUUUCGGAUGACCUCUGACCGCUGGACAGACUGACCAUUACUUAUAAGACUUGAUGUCUCGUACAGGUAAAUAGACAGACGAAAGAUUUAAAGACACAUUCAACACCAUGAGAAUCAUCUUUGCUUUCGCUCUCCUGAUUGUAGCAGUAUACUCUGAGACAUGCAACCGACACGAAGAAUGUAAAAACACAAUAUGUGGUACUGGGGCCGAGAUACACUGCAUCUUCCACACGUGCACGUGCACAAUGGCUGCCAGUAGCGGAGCAACAUGCACCACGUUGUCCGACUGCCAUGACAGGUGUUCUUUUGGUCGCCAGCAUCACUGUAUUGACGGCCAUUGCCGAUGUACCCACUUUUAACAUAGCAACCUACAUU